GGCUGGGAAGGGGCCUCGGACACGGCGGGUCCGCGCCCGGCGGGUCCCAGUGCGGCGCCGGCACCUGUUGCCCGCGGCUCCCCAGCCGCCCCUGGCCCCGCGGGGGAUGCCCGGGGGGAGCGAGAGGCUCGGUGCUCGGGUCCCCUCCCCGCCGAGGGUGCCGGGGCGCGGCCGGCGGGGGGGCGGCGGGCGGCGAUGGCAGCGGCUGAGUCACGGCCGCGGCCCCACCUGCGUACUUAAAGCGCCGCCGGCGCCCUGCGCCGCACUCGGGCUGCGCUGCCGCCGGACGCCCUGCCGCUCCUCCUCCCCGUCACAGGGUUCUCGGCCGAGACGCAGCGGCCGCUGCAUGAACGUUUGCCUCGGGAGUAAGAGAAGCGCCAGCAGCCCUCAAAAUGCCGAAGCCGAUCAAUGUUCGAGUUGUUACUAUGGAUGCAGAGCUGGAGUUUGCCAUCCAGCCAAACACUACAGGCAAGCAGCUGUUUGACCAGGUGGUUAAAACCAUAGGUUUGCGAGAAGUGUGGUACUUUGGUCUUCAGUAUGUGGACAACAAAGGAUUCCAGACUUGGCUGAAGCUUGACAAAAAGGUUUCCGCUCAAGAAAUCAGAAAAGAGAAUCCCCUCCAGUUCAAAUUCCGUGCCAAGUUCUUCCCUGAGGAUGUGUCUGAAGAGCUGAUCCAGGACAUCACGCAGAAGCUCUUCUUCCUGCAGGUGAAGGAAGGGAUUCUCAGCGAUGAGAUCUACUGUCCUCCUGAAACAGCAGUACUUCUCGGCUCCUAUGCUGUGCAGGCCAAAUUUGGAGAUUACAACAAAGAUGUACACAAGCCUGGAUACCUUAAUUCAGAGCGUAUGAUCCCCCAAAGGGUGAUGGACCAGCACAAACUUUCCAGAGAGCAGUGGGAAGAACGGAUCCAGGUGUGGCACGCUGAACACAGUGGCAUGCUCAAAGAGAAUGCCAUGCUGGAAUACCUGAAGAUUGCUCAAGACCUGGAGAUGUAUGGAAUCAACUACUUUGAGAUCAAGAAUAAGAAAGGAACUGACCUUUGGCUGGGAGUUGACGCCUUGGGGCUCAACAUCUAUGAAAAGGAUGAUAAACUGACUCCAAAGAUUGGGUUCCCGUGGAGUGAAAUCAGAAACAUCUCUUUCAAUGACAAGAAGUUUGUUAUAAAGCCUAUUGACAAGAAGGCACCAGACUUUGUGUUUUAUGCUCCUCGCCUGAGAAUUAACAAGAGGAUCCUGCAGCUCUGCAUGGGCAACCAUGAGCUGUACAUGCGGCGCAGGAAGCCCGACACCAUUGAGGUGCAACAGAUGAAAGCCCAGGCCCGGGAGGAGAAGCACCAGAAACAACUGGAAAGGCAACAACUAGAAAAUGAAAAGAAGAAGAGGGAGACGAUUGAGAGAGAGAAAGAGCAAAUGUUGAGGGAGAAGGAGGAGCUGCUGGUGAGGCUACAAGAGUAUGAGGUGAAGACUCAGAAAGCAGAGAAAGAGCUCUCAGAUCAGAUCCAAAGAGCCAUUCAGCUGGAGGAGGAGAGGAGACGAGCCCAGGAGGAAGCAGAACGCUUGGAAGCUGAUCGUUUGGCUGCUCUGAAGGCCAAGGAAGAGCUGGAGAGACAAACUAUGGACCAGAUAAAGAGCCAGGAACAGCUGGCUACAGAGCUUGCAGAGUAUACAGCCAAGAUUGCACUUCUUGAAGAGGCAAGGAGGCGUAAAGAGAGUGAGGUUGAGGAGUGGCAAAUCAGAGCUAAGGAAGCCCAGGAGGAUCUGGUGAAGACAAAGGAGGAGCUACACCUAGUAAUGACUGCUCCGCCUCCACCCCCACCGCCUGUCUAUGAGCCAGUGAACUACCAUGUCCACGAUAACCUGCAAGAUGAAGGAUCUGAGUACUCUGCCUACAGCGCAGAGUUCUCCAGCGAGGGGAUCAAGAACGACCGCAACGAGGAGAAACGUGUUACCGAAGCAGAGAAGAACGAGCGUGUACAGAGGCAGCUGAGGGCACUGACAGAUGAGCUGGCCCAAGCUAGAGAUGAAAAUAAGAGGACCCAAAAUGAUAUUAUCCACUCAGAGAACAUGCGACAGGGACGUGACAAGUACAAAACACUGCGGCAGAUCCGGCAAGGCAACACCAAGCAGAGAAUUGAUGAGUUUGAGGCGAUGUAAUAAUGCUUAUAACACAAAGGCCGAACUGUGGGAAAGGCAGAUCUUAAUGCUAUGUUCUUGGUUUGGGUUUUUUUGUUGUGGGUUUUUUUUUCCCCCUGAGGAGGGGGUCACUGUAUGACACUUGACAAAUGUUCUAUAGACUCAGAGGUGUUUGACUAUCCCUUUUAUUCCAUACCUUCUAUUAAAUUUGGUAUAGUUAAAAACUCAUUGUACCACUGAUCCUGGAAACUUGCUCAUGCCUUUGCUUAGUGCCAAAAGGCCUUAUGUCACAUCUCUCUUUAAGCAAGACAGAUUUUAAUAGGCUGUGCUUCUAGUUGAAGACACGUAUCCUGGGCAAGUGCUGGAUUCAGCUUGGUCUAAAAAUAAGCAAGUGUGGAUGACUUUUGUGCCAUACGUCUUUGUAUUAUUAGUUACAGCGUGAAGCCUAACAGUUGAGAAGACAGGCUGUAGAACUCAGGAUCUGCAAGCACCUGUACGUCUGUCUGUACGUGCUUGCACAUGUAUUUGUACACCCUGUUUUUUCCCUUGGGCUUGAUGCCUAUGUUCUGCCCCCACCCCUCGCCCACAGAAGAACUGACAACACCUCAGAACUACUUUGUAGAAAUCAGGCUUUUUCUGGUUGCUGUUCUCAACUGGAGAAAUUCUUCAGUGUUGGCUCAGAAGUGUGGCACAGGGACACUGAUACCCUCCUCGCAUAACUCUGUUGGAAUCUAAUACACUACUGUGUGUGCAUUCCAGCUUCAUUGCUGAUCAGUUAUAGUGUAGUAUUUAUAUAUAUAUAUAAACCAUGCAAUAUGUGGAUUGCAGUACCAGUUUAAAGGGAAAUAGUUUUGCUCUGUAUAUUUUGUUACUUUUCAGAUUUAACAUGACUUGCAUCUGUAAAAAUGCCUAAACAACACUGUAGUCUGAUACAGUGCAGCUGAUUGUUUGCUAUAAAGCAUUAUUUGUAAAGAUAAUUUUUUUACUUAAUGAAAAUUGUUCUAUGUACACAUGAUCCGACAGAUACAAUACUACUGCACCUAUUUUUCUAACAAAUUUUCUAAUGUUUUUUUUUUAAUGUUUGAUUUAAAGUUUCAGACUCCAAAGAUGAAGGGACUGCUUGUUCUAUCACAGUUGUAUUCUCUCUAGUAGAGAGCAUUUCUGUGACCUUUCCUUCCCCACUGAUCUCCCCCCUUUCCUUGAAAAUGUGUUAGAAAGUGAGAUACAGUAUGUUGUCAGCUCUUCUUUUACAUUUACAACAUCUCUGCUGCUUUAUUCUCCAGUUGAAUCUUGUGUAGUUU